GCUUCCUUGGCCUGGGAGCCUCAGACCGCCGAGUGGGAAGGGUUGCCACCCCGCUUCGACUCCGGCGGGACGGGGGGCUCUGGACUUCUGGUGCCCAGCGUCCGGGGUCUCCGGCCCGGCUCCGCCGCCCCCAGCCUUCAGCCGCGCAGCCCCUCGGCCCACAGGAUGAUCGGGACCCCCGCCCGGGUCCUGGGGAGCUGCAGAGCCACCCUGGCUCAGGCUACGACCUCAACGAGAAGCUUGCUGCGGGGCUUCCACAUGCAGGUCCAUCCGACGGUCCGGGAAGCCCUGACCCUGGGGAAGCCGGUGGUAGCCCUGGAGAGCGCCAUCGUGACCCACGGAAUGCCGUAUCCCCGGAAUCUGAGCAUGGCCCGAGCCGUCGAGGAGAUCGUGAAGACGCACGGGGCCGUGCCGGCCACCGUGGGCGUGCUGGAUGGCAGGAUCCACGUCGGCCUGAGCCAUCCCGAGCUGCGGUCCUUGGCGGAGAGGAAGGGGACGUUCAAAGUGUCCCGCAGGGACCUUCCCUACGUGCUGAGCCAGGGCCUGUCCGGGGGCACCACCGUGUCGGCGACCAUGAUCGUGGCGAAGAAAGCCGGGAUCUCCGUGUUUGUGACCGGAGGCAUCGGAGGGGUCCAUCGAGAGGGAGAGAAGACCCUGGACGUGAGCGCUGACCUGACGGAGCUGGGACGCACGCCCGUGGCUGUCGUUUCCUCCGGCGUCAAGUCGAUUCUGGACAUCGGCCGGACGCUGGAGUAUCUGGAGACUCAGGGGGUCUGCGUGGCAACUUUUGGGGAGUCCCGGGAUUUCCCUGCCUUCUUCUGCCCCCACAGUGGUUUCCAAGCCCCCUACCACGUGCCGAACGAGAAGGAAGCAGCCAAACUCAUCGCCGGGGCUCUGGAGCUGGGCCUGGGCAGCGGGCUCCUGAUCGCAGUGCCCGUCCCUCCAGACCAAGCCGCGUCCGCACAGGAGAUCGAAGCAGCCAUCCAACAGGCUCUGGGCGAGGCCAGGGUGAAUGGGAUCGUGGGAAAGGAAUUGACACCAUUUGUGCUCCAGAGGGUGAAUGAGCUGAGCGGUGGAAAGUCCCUUGAAUCCAACAUGGCUCUGAUCCAGAAUAACGCCAGUGUGGGCAGCCGUAUCGCCGUGGCCCUGAGCCAGCUCCGGAUGGCACCUGGUGGUGGGAAUGACGGCGGCGGGAGGAGGGCGAGGGGGGAGGCCGUACUGCCCGCCCAGCCGGUGGUCGUCGGAGGCACCAACAUUGACUUCAUAGCGAAGACAAAGAGCGGGACCCUACAGGCAGGCGGCCAGACCCUCCCCGGGAAGGUGAUCCAGGCCUUCGGGGGCGUUGGAUGUAACCUGGCAGACUGCCUGAGCCGGCUGGGAUGGUCUCCUCUGUUCAUCUCCGCGCUGGGCAAGGAUGCGCUUUCUCGGUCCGUGCUGCGCUACUGUAGCCACAUGGACAUGGGAGGGGUGGCCCAGCUGGAGGGGCACAGCACCGCCACUUACUGUGCCGUGGUCUCGGGCAACGGGAAGCUCACCCUCGGCCUCGGAGACAUGGACGUCCACGAGCAGAUCACCGAGCAGUGGGUGUCAACGUUCGAGGACCGCCUGUGCCGGGCCCCGCUCCUCUGCUUCGAUGGGAACCUUCCCCUCGCCACCAUCCGCUACCUGUGCGACCUGGCCAGGGACCACCGCAUCCCCCUGUGCUUCGAGCCCACGGAUGAGAACAAGGCCUCGAAGCCGUUCCUGUCGGACAGCUGGACGGCUCUGACCUACGCCUCUCCCAACCUGCGGGAACUGAGGGCCAUCGCCCGGGCGCUCGGGCACCCCGGCCCCGCAGAGUUGCCCCGGGAGCUGGACGCUGUCCUGAGCGUGGCGGGGGAUCUGGCCCGGCCCCUGCUGCAGAACCUGCGCUGCGUGGUGGUGACCCUCGGCGAGCACGGCGUCCUUCUGUGUGGCCGCCAGGGCUCGCCGCCGACAGUCUCCCUGGCCCCGGCCCCGCGUGGACCGAGGGCACCCGAGGGACUGUUCGCGACCCACUUCCCGGCCCCCCCGGUCCCGGCCGCCGAGAUCGUCAAUGAACUGGGAGCCGGAGACAGCUUUCUGGCGGGAAUGCUGGCGGGGCUGCUCUCCGGCCUCGGGACGGGCCCCUGCGUGGGCAUGGGGAUGCUGGCGGCCGGCUUCUCCCUGCGGUCCCCCUGGCCCGUCUCCCCACGGGUCAGCACUGCCACCGUGAACCUGGAGCGGACGAGGUCGGGCCGCUGGCCGGAGCCACGGACCUGGAGGAUCGACUAGGCCUACCGUCGCGAGGUGGACGGCCGCCCCACCCGGCCCCCAUCCUGAUCCUUCCCCGGUGCCUUCCGGCUACCUCAGCCGGGGUCCCGAGAACUGACCGGAUCAGGUCGGCCCCUCUGUCUGGGGCAGGCAGAGGCCUCUAGGGGUUGCGGGGGGGGGGGGGGGCUCUCUGUCUCCUCCCAGCUGGAUCCUCACCUCCCUCCCACCCCCCAGGCCUCACUGGGUCCCUUCUUGGUGGGCACCCAUUUGGCCCAAUCGGGGGGAUGGGGACAGUUCCCUCGGGACCCUUUUACACUAACUUGAACUCAGCUGUCAGCCCCAGGAUGAACAGCUGCUCUUUCCAUUCCUUCUCCUUGUUUCCAUUCCGUUCUCUCCUCCUCCAUUUCUUCUUGCCCGGGCUUCCCUUCGGAUCCUCCCUCCUCCUGCCAUCUCUAGCUUCACUGUCUCCAUCAGAGACCCACGAGCCAGAUCCCGGAAGGGUCUGACCGAGGAGAGAGUCGCCCUGUGCUUCCUACAGUCCAGGCAUCUCCACCCCUCACUGACAGCUGCCCAACUCAUUUCCAUCUUGUGGUCCACUCUGAACUCCAAAUCUUCUUCCACCCCUUAUUUUAUUUUAGAGAUCGCCAUUGAACUCGAAUUUUCUCUGUUGGCUUCCCCAGUGGAUCAGAGUCUCAUCCAUAUGUCCAUCAGAUGUCCACCCGGUUGUCCAAGGAGCUGGUCACCUUGUCCGGUUGGCUGGCACCUCUCCACUUUGUGAUUCUUUUACCGAGUAAAAGGGCCAGGUUGACCAUUUUAUAUUAUGUUGUAGGCACUUUGAAAGUAAGGAUUAUGACUCUUACUUCGUACCUACCAACUCUCUUGCUAUACCAAGUGCUCUGCACUCGAUAAAUAUGCUUGAUCGAUUAAUUAAGGUUUUAAAAAAUCAAAAAGCCUCUGCACUUUUCAGCUUUGUUUAUUAAAUUUCUCCACCCCCAGUGGGAUAAAGGCAGGGGGCAACCCUUAUUUUAUUCUC